AUGCAGGGCACAUUUCGAUAUCCAGACGGAUCUGAAUAUACAGGUGAUUGGAAUGAAGAUGGCCAACGGCAUGGACUUGGCCAUUUAGUUUUUUCCGAUCAUGCAAAAUAUCGUGGACGAUUUGAAAAUGGUCUUUUUGCAGGACUCGGCUGCAUUACAUAUCCCGAUGGUUCAAAAUAUGAUGGUGAAUUUUCACAAGGACGAUUUCAUGGUUUAGGUGUAUUUACGCGUUGCGAUGGUAUGAAAUAUGAUGGUCAGUUUCAAGAUGGAAAAAUUUGCGGCUUAGGUCUUUUAACAUUCACAGAUGGUUCACAUGGUUUACCGAGAAAUGAAGGUCAUUUUGAAAAUAAUAAAUUAAUACGACGUGAGAAAUGUACAGAUAUCAUACGAAAAGCUAUUUCAUGUGCAGAACGAGCAAAAGUACAACAAAUUUAA